CAACUAUCAGACAAGAUCAGACGAAAUCAGACCAGAUCAGACCAGACCAGACGUUCUGGAUAUACCUGAGACAAAUGAGAUGUUGUCACACUGGAGAGAAGCCGAGUUGGAGGAGGAUCCCUCCUUUGGCCCGGACAAAGAGAACAGAGAUCCUGUGGACUCUAACAGCACAGAAAAUCAACAUGUCCUGCCUCCACUCGACGGCCAGAACACAAAUCAAGAUUCAUGGAAUGUACAUUUACCAGAAAAAACAUCGUACACAUAUUUACUACAUUUUACUUAUUUAGAUAAAAGGAUUAUUCUGAAAUUGAGCGCACCAAAAGAUGUGACCAUUAAUGUCAAUUGUCCUGAAUAUGAUACAGAAAAUCUUCUUCAUCAUCUUCCUCCUGACAAACUUUUCACUUAUUUACCUGCUGUAAUAUACACUGCAAAAAUAUUCAAGAAAUACUCUGAAAAAACACCAGUGUUACGAGCUAUUGUUAAUUUAAGAGAAAUUCUGUCUUGCAAUUACAAACUAAAUUUGGGCUGCAAUGACAAAAUUAUUGAAAAUUUCAUGGAGGUCAAACAAAACAGCUGCACAGCAACAGUAACACUGCCAUUAUCUGCCCUUAUUGGACUAAUCAUACAAACCUGGGGGACAUUAGCAUGUUGUAGUAACAAAGCUGAACUUUAUAAGGAUAUAAUGGACCGUGCAAAGAUUGUUGAGGAAGAUGCUGCAUCAUACAUAAUGGACCGUGCAAAGUUUGUUGAGGAAGAUGCUGACUGUGAUGCUGCAUCAUAUUUUCAGCAGUUCUACCAAGAGCACAGGACAGAAAUUUAUAUUGAAAAUCAGCAUGCUUUUGCUGUGUUAUAUGCCAUGCAAAAGAAUGUUUACAAGCCUAUUUUUAAGACUAAAAGCAUUCGACCACAAUAUUUUGAAAUUAAUAAGAGACGCAUGCAUAGUGAGGAAAUAGUAAUCCAACAAAUUGAAACUUUUCUAUCUAAUAACAAAAACCGCGCGAAACUGCUCAUCAUUUUUACCACCUACAGUCCAUCGAUAUUUAAAAGGACCAGAGAGGAUGCCUUUCAGAUUAGACCCUAA